AUGCGACGAUGUUGCUCACUAGACAGCUUCAUGGUAAGAGAUCCUGGAACGCCCGGCGUAACUGUCAACACCAUCGCAUGCCUUUGCAUGCCGCGGGCUCCCCUAGCUGAAGGGACUAAAGCCACACAACCUAGCUGUUUGGGCCUGAGCAGCCGGGGGGUGCGGUGGAGCCGAAUUGGAGGCAUGUGUGGCAUCCGCGCAUCGCGGUGGAGGACAGGCGCCGCUGAUGAGUGCGAUGGUGAUCUCGCGCCCGGUGGUGACGCGAGCAGCUGUGCGGCGUCGACGCAGAGUACGGUGGACAACUCCACGGAGUCCGCCAAGGAGCGCCAGGAGCGCGAGUUCCUGGCCGAACUCAGCAAGCUGGAGGGCCGCGGCAGGCCGCCGCCCACAACCGCCAUAGGGCGACACACCCUCAAGGCGGGGACGAGCUGGGAUGCUGACCUCAUAUCUCCAAGAGUGGGUGGGGACGGCCGCGAUCUUCAUGAGGACGAGGGCCCAAGGCUGGGCAUGCUGACGGGAAGGAAGAGCACCAAGAGAUUCGGCAGCCACGCCGAUGUGACUGCUGCUAUCGCCGCCUCUGCUGUGGAUUUCCCUGCUUGCGACCCCACCGCUCUGCUGCCUCGCUCCGCGCGCCAGAGCUCCUGUUUUGGGGGCAGAUCCUCGCGGUUUUAUUUGGAGACCGAUGACGAUGCGGAUGUGUACGGUGGCGACGCGCUGAUCGAAGACGUGGAGUUCGAGCUGGUGGAGAAGGCGCUGCCCGGCCAUGUUGAGAUUGAAGGGGAGGGAGAGAUGGCAGUGGGUGUAUCUGGCCAUCGUGGGUGGGAAGGAGCAACAGGCAGAGCGAGAGAAGGAGACAGUGGAUCGCAGGGCGUGGGGGGCUCGUCGCCUGUGUGCGAGCAGGCAAGCAAUGGCGAGGUGAGCGACGGCAUCUGCUGGAGCGACCUGGCUGACAGCGAGGGUCUGGGCGUGCGCAGUGGGGACGAGGCGGAGGCGCUGGAGAAGCUGCUGCUGUACGCUGAGAGUGGCAGCACGGGCGAGGGACAAACGGAGGGGGUGGAAGCUGCACCCCAGGGACGUGCUGGGAGUGAGGAGUGUUGCGGCGUGCAGGUGGGGAAGGAGGUAUCGGAGCGUGCGUGCUUCACCGAGGAGAGGGUGCAGGUGGAGGUGGAGGCAAGUUCCCGUGACCACACACAUGGCGGCAGCAGCGCUGGUCCAUGCUCGGUGCAGGCAGCGGACGCUGCUGGCCGUGCGAGGCAUGGCGAGGCAGUGCAGUGCACGAGGGCAGUGAGCACCCUUGAGCUGGAACCAGACGCUGCGAGUGCUCAUGACUCGAGUGAGGUUGAACUGCCACUGCACCGCAAGCCAAGGCCCACUGGCAGCCGAAGCACCAUGGGUGGUAGCCAAGGGGAUCCAGCAGGGGAUCAGGAGUGGCAGAGGGAGGCGCAGGCAGUGCUGGGGGCGUGCAGUGCGAGCAGCGAUGGCAACGUGAGGAUCGUGCGGUUUCUGGACAUAUUCGAUGUGGGGGGGUGCGUGGGCGAGGGGCGGUGGGGCAAGGUGUUCAAGUGCCAGCACAGGACGUCGGGGGAGUGGCUGGCAUGCAAGACGCUGCGCAAGACAGAGCGGCGCAUCCCAGUGCUGCAGCAGGAGAUCAACCUGCUCACAGCCCUCGCGCACGUGCCCAACGUGGUGUCGCUGCGUGGCGUGUACGAGGAACCCAAGCGCGUGCACCUGCUGCUGGAGCUGGGCCGCUGCGACCUCUUCUCCGUCGUGGAGGCGGGUGGGGGUGUGGACGAGGCGAGUGCAAGGGCCAUGUUCCGCGGCAUCAUGCAGGGCCUGGCGGGCAUCCAUGCGUGUGGUAUCAUACACCGCGACAUCAAACUGGAAAACGUGCUGCUCGUAGGGCCCUCUGCCACGGCAGGGCUGGCGAUGGGUGAGGCAGCAGCGGCAGCAGGCAUGUGGGCGUACAGCGCAGAGGACACGGUGAAGAUCACAGACUUUGGGCUGGCAGCGCAGCUGCAGGCGGGGCAGUGGAUGGGGCCAGACGUGACCGGGUCGCCGCACUACAUGGCUCCAGAGGUGGCUCUGGGUGCACAGUACAACCACAAGGCAGAUGUGUGGUCUGCUGGCAUCGUGCUGCACGCACUGCUGCUGGGCGUGUACCCCAGCUGGAACGAGGACAAGGGCUGCGUUGACAUCUCACACGAGCGCGUGAGGAAAAGGACGCAUCUCGAGAGCCCACCAUCAAGCCGUGGAAUGCAGGGGGGUGGGUUCAGAAGCACAAGUGGAGGCACCGGUAGCAGUAGCAGCGAUGGUGGUGGUGGUGGAGGUGGAAUGGGCAUCUCCCGGAGUGCUCGUCGGUUGUUAAAGAUGCUGCUGCAAGUGCGGGUGGAAGCGAGGCCAACAGCAGAGCAUGCAGCACGAAUGGCUCAACUCAUAACCCACCCACGCGACACGCCUCUGCCCUCUCCCACCAUACACUAA